AUGGAGACCAUCAAGAACACUAUUUCGGAGAACUUGGGAGGUCCUUUCCAUGCUCUUGCUUCCCCGGAGAACAGCUUCAGUCUGAAAGAGGUGCCAGACCUUAGCGGCAAGGUUGCCGUCGUUACAGGUGGCAGUGAAGGCAUCGGUUUUGGUAUUACACAUACUCUUCUUUCGCACAACAUCUCCAAACUCUUUGUCUUGUCCUUGAGAGAGGAGGUUGUUGAUGACGCCUUGAACGCCAUUGAGGAAGAAUUUGGACCCGAAGCUCGCAAAAAAUUCAUCUGGAAGCAAUGCGAUCUUUCCGACUGGGUACAAACUGGCAAGGUUGCUGCAGAGAUCGCCUCCCAGACCGACAGAAUCGAUAUCCUUUUCAACAAUGCCGCCCGAGGCAUCAUGACCAGACAACUGAACAAGAAUGGCAUCGAUCUCCACAUGGCCAGCAACCAUUUCGGUCACGUUGUGCUGACCAGCCACUUGUUGCCGACCAUCAAGGAACACGCCGACAAGGGUAACACUGUCCGCAUCGUCAACACUUCGUCGAACCUGCAUGCCCAGGCACCUAGUGAGACCGAGUUCGCAUCCGUAGAGGAGCUCAACAAGGACUACGGACCUCAACCGCAAUAUGGACGUAGCAAGCUGGCCAACCUCCUGUACGCCAAGUGGCUCAAUGCACACCUCAAGACUUCCCACCCCAACAUCAUCGUCAACGCCAUCCACCCUGGUAUCGUCGACACAGCGCAGACAAACGUUCACAUCCACGAGGCAUUCCCUCUUCUAGGCUACGGCAUGUCGGUCGGACUCAAGCCCUUCCGCAAAAGCCAAUUUGAAGGAUGUGUUUCUGCCAUGUAUGCAGGUACCAUGGCCGAUACUGGUGGCAACUACAUUGCUCCUCAGAAGGUCUACGAGACACCCAGCGAGAAGGGUCAAGACAUGGCUAUGGCCGACAGGCUCAUGAAGCUCACAGCAGAGAUUGUCGAGCAGAAGACCAGAACAGAGAGUUCGGCAAAGGGAUGCCCCUUCAAGGAGGACUAA